CGCUAACUAAAAGCAAUGGUUGUAAAUGAAUCGCCUGUAGCUAAGUACCUGCAAACAAAAUAUCAAUAUUAAUCGUGUGAUUAUUUUUUACAGCUGCAGCUUGCAAGUAAAGAUGGCAAGGGCUAAGGGAUGCAUACAGACGAGCAUUAAAUAAGAAAAAAGGCAAAAGUGGACAAGCAGCGAUAAACAUUAAGAAAUGGAAGUAUGAAGAUGAAAUGGCUUUUGUUGCUUCACUCUUCACUAUGGGUCGAGGGGUGGAUUUGACUCCAAGAAAAAAGUCUGAGGUUAAAACCCUUCUAACGCACACAAAUCAUUUUCAGAGGAAGAUAGCAGAACUGGCUGGUGUUUCUAAGUCUGCAGUAAAUAAAAUAAAAAUAAAUCUGGAUCAAGAUCAACCACUUUUCCAAAAAGAAAAGGCAAAUGCGGAAGAAAAUGGUUUACAACACCACGGUGCGAUAGAAAAAUCCGGGAUAUAUGUUUGCAAAACAGGAAGAAAAGUGCUGGAUUGUUAACCCAGAUGGUACAGGAGUUUGGAAUACAAGUUUCUAAGAGAACUGUACAGAGGAGGUUGGCAGAGGAAGGCCUGACCGGUCAUCGUCCAGCUAAAAAACCGCGACUGACAGAGGCGAUGAAGAAGAAUCGACUUGCUUGGGCUCGUGAACACCGUCUGAUGAGUGUUAAAGACGGGAGCAAGGUCAGUUUUAAUGUUAAUUUAUAUUAUUUAUUAAUGUAAUGUUAUGUAUUAUCUAAAAACAUUUUCAUAAAAGUUAUAAAUAUUAUUUUUUUCAGGUGUGUUUCUCAGACGAAUCAACAUUUGAGAUUCUAGCCGACUAAAGCAACUUUGUCAGGCGGCGCCCAGCCGAUAAAUUUCACCCUGACUGCAUUUUGGAACGCGUUAAACACCCUGUUAAAAUUAUGGUAUGGUCCGUCAUAAGUUCUAAAGGGAUUGGGCGUCUCUACAUUGUCCAGGGAACCAUUAGACGGGACCAAAACAAGCAGGUCUUAGAAACUAGCUUGUUGCCGCAAUCCGGGAAUGGUUCCCAGUGGGGGACGAAUGUAUGACUCAGCACCAUGCCAUAAAGCAAGGAGUGUGACAACAUUUUCAGCAGACCACAAUAUACCAGUUUUACCUUGCCUUGACAAUUCUCCAGACAUAAACCCCAUCGAAAACUUAUGGGAAAUUACUAAGGCGGAAAUUGCCAAGGAAAUGAUAACCACCAAGGUAAAACUGAUCGAAAAAUUAAUAUUUUGGCACUACAACCCUAAAAUAAAGGAAAGUGGCAAACAGUGCAAAGAAAGCAUGCCAAGGCGGAUCGAAGCACUCAUUCAGACUAAAGGAAAUGUGACAAAAUAUUCACAAUAUCUCAUAACCAUUUUUAUAAUACCUGCUAAUAUUUUUUAAUUAUCUAAAGAUUAUUAUUUUUUGUUUCAACUACUUGCAAGAUAUGUGUCUAACCCAACUAGCAAAAUCAGUACUUAAAACGAUCUCAAGACUACUUUUAUUUUCACUUAUAAGAAACUUGUAGCAUUCUACAAAGCUGGAUUUGGGCGCAGUUAUAAGAUCAGUUAUUUCUAUAUCUAUCUUAUAAUCAACUUAUAAAAUGUUACUAAGCCCUAUAAUAUACUUGACUAAGCGCAAUAGCUUCUAUAAUGUUAUGAGACUACACAAUUACAAGUACAAACGCUCUUGUUAGUAUCUGACAUAAGUAUCUUACUAAAGCAAUCUUGUUUAUAUGGCACUAGUAAUGUACUUAGUUAUUAGUUAUAAGUAUAUUUUAAGAGGUUAUUUUUGUUGUUGCUUCGGGUCGUUGUGCCGGUUGUUCUGUAGUCAUUUAUUUUUAAUAAAAACGUAACUAUUAUUUUGUGUUAUUGUAAAAUAUAACUAAUAAUACAUUUAAAAUAUAGGGUGUGAACCCGUGGGAAAGUCAUAUACGUAAAUGUGUACCAAAAUUUAGUUAAUUUCACAAUGCCCUCCGAAAAAUAGCACAUUAGUAUAUUAUUGUAAAUUAAUUAUUUCAACAAUGUCAUGAAUAUCCGCCAUGUUUUAAAAUUGCUCUUCGUUAAGUACUUUAUAGAAUCAUUAUAGGUAAAUUAGUAUUUGUAACAGUUUCUGUCCAGAUAACUCUCCUCCAUUUUAAAACAAAUUAGGGUUCCCUUGAAGUCUGCCUGUUAAUGAUCGAUUCUCCUUUUUUUAGGAUUUAAUUAACAAGAUGGUCGUAUUUCUGAUACGACCAUCUCUGAUGUCGACUGUUUUUUGACAAAAUCUUCUUUGAUUUUACUUACAAAUAUAAGAUGGCCUUGGACAAAUACACAUUUUGUGUUAUCCGAAAGCUGCAAUGGGUGUGGAUUUCCAGUUUAUAUAAACAAUAUGUAUAGACCUACUCAUUUCGUUUGUAGUCAAGAAAACAUAAUAGUUUUAUUGCAUCAAAUCUUUUUUUGGUUCCCGAUUUGCUCCCAGUACAGUAAAUAUGACCAUUACAUCGAGGAUGAAUGCACAAUUUGUUACUGAUUUUGUAUCCACAUAUUUUUUAAACACACCCAUAAGUACUUAAUUUUUUAAUGUUAAAAUAAUUUUAUCGGAUAAUAUUUUUUUUGACAUUUGUUUUUUUUAUAGUCAGUGGUCUCUGCGUUAUUUAAAUCGUAUUCUUCUUCCCAAUUUUCAACUUCUUUACUUUCUGAGUAGUGGGAAAAGGGUGAAAAAAUAUUAUUGAUCGCGGAACCCUCAAUUACUUCACCUGUGUUUGCACUUGACGCGCUUGAUUUAUAUCCCGAUCCUGUUGUUUACUAGUAAAGUGAUUGAUCUACUAUCUUAUAAACCUUUUUGAUCUUAUAGCUGUCUUUUUAAGUACUAUUAGAUUUAAAAGAGUCUCGAGCAAGACUAUGAUGGCACAAACUUGUAAUCGUUUCAGCUAAGUAUGUUAUAAUAUCAUUUUCUCUCACAAAAUGCUACUAUAGGAUCAAAACAGGGAUGUUGCGAACAUUCGCAUCUGCAUCCGCAAAUGCGGAACAUCCGCAUUGAUUUGGACAUCUGCAUCUGCUUCCGCAUCCGCAUUAAUCAAUGCGAAUGUUCAUGCGGAUGCGAAUAUUAUACAUGUAGCAACAAUAAAGAAAUUGGGCGGGGCCGGUGAUUGACGCGUGCCGGUCGCACGUGACAAUAACCAAUGGGAGCGAAGAAAUUGGUGACAAGAUUCGACACGUUUGUUUGUUCUAGCUAGUGCAUCAUUUGUUUCUUGCAAGUGAAUAAAUAUUACGUGUUUGUUUGCGCUGUGAAGUGAAAGUGAACUACUUAUCGUAUCAUAAAGAUAGAUAGGUAUUUUUUUUAAUGUUGUUGUGAUACAGUGUGUAAAUAAGAAGAGUUUACAAGAAAACUUUAUAUUAUUUAAGACUAAUAUCCAUAAGAUCACAAGGUAAAUUCUAUUAUAUUACGCCGGUAAUACGUUUUAUUGUAGGAAAAAUUAUCGUUUUAUGACGAAAUUCGUUAUUUUUCCAGUGUGAUUCCCAUUAUUGAUAGUUUAUCUAACUAUUUAGUCAACAAUGUCACCACCGACCAAAAGUAAUGUAUGGGAUUAUUUUGAACCAAAUAAAGAAGACCAGGAUAAAGCUGAUUGUAAAAUAUGCAACAAAAGCUACUCUCGUAAGGGCCGCACCACAUCGUCUUUGAAAAACCAUCUUAAGUCGAUGCACUCAGAAGAAUUUUCUACAUUUGAGAACAUUAGUAAAGAAAAAAAAUUACAACAGAUGAAAUUUGACGCAAAUAAAGUUACCACUCCUCUGCAAGAAGCAAAGAAACAACUUUCAUUAGAGGAAGUGAUUCUAAAAGAAAGGAAGUGGGACGUCAAUAACUUAAAUUCUAAAAAAAUUGAUAAACUCAUUGGAGAAAUGAUUGCACUUCAAAAUUUACCGUUUACUUUUGUUGAAGGGCUAGGUUUUCGUAGACUGAUGCAACAAUUAGCACCAAGAUAUAACUUUAGGGGACGCAAUUUUUUUACAGAUUUUGUAUGCAAGGAAUUAUAUAGCAAAGUGGCUCAAAAAGUUAAAGUAUUAAUCGAAAAUUUUGAUAACAUGUCGUUUACGUCUGACAUUUGGUCGGAUCCUAGCUCAAACGCUUCUUUGCUUAGCCUGACUUGCCAUGGAAUUGCAGAAAACUUUGAAAGAUCAUCAAUAAUAUUGAAAUGUGAGACAUUUGACGGCCGUCACACUGGUGAAAUAAUUGCUGAAAAAUUCAGUAACAUGCUUUCUGAAUGGAAUAUUAAAAAAGAACAACUGCAUUGCCUAAUCAGAGAUGAAGGGUCUAAUAUGAAACGAGCCGGGCGAUUAGCAGCAUUAAAUGAUAUAGACUGUACUGUUCACAAGAUACAACUAGCUAUCCGUAGUUGUUUAGGUUCUCAAGAAAACAUAAAAAUACUAAAACAAAAAUGUAAGAGAAUUUCGACCCAUUUUAAUCACUCUACCAUUGCACAGAAACAACUGCAAUCAAUUCAGGACAGACUGAAUCAACCGCACCUGAAAGUGUUCCAAGAUUGUGUAACGCGAUGGAACAGUACAUUCUACAUGUUCGAGCGUUUUUCAAAGGUUAAGGAUGCUCUGAGUCUUUACAUGAAUGAUAAUGAAAUUGACCCUAUUCUACCAGAAGAAUGGAAAAUGAUUGAAAGUUUCAUUCAAUUACUGGGACCUUUUGAGGAAGCAACGCGGGAACUGAGCAGCUCUUGUGCUCUUAUUUCAUCUGUGAUACCGAUUAUACAAAUGCUUGAAAAAAAAGUUGAUGACUAUUUAACAAGAUCGCAAGAAAUUGAUCCGAUUCGUCAGGCUGUUACGACUUUGAAAAACGAACUUUCAACAAAGUUUUCUAGCUUGGGAGAAAGCAAUUUAUAUACCAUCGCUACCUACUUAGAUCCUCGCUAUAAGCACAAAUUUUUCACACCGGUGACUGAAGAAAAGAUUAAAGAUGAUAUUUUAAAAAUGAUAAAUACUGAGAAUGACAAUUUUGAAUCUCUUAAUACCAAUGCCAAAAGGGCUAAAAUAAUUAAAAUAACUGAUUGCAUGGAAAAUGAUACGGAACAACUAGGACCAGGGACUUCAGGUUACAACAAAAAGCCAUGCUUACAAAAUGACCUGGCUAUGAUGUUAGAUUCGUCGAGUGAAGACGAGAGUCAAGAUGAGCCAGAAAAUGGUAGCAUUGAAGCUGUAUUCAAAAAAGAGUUACUUGCUUACCGUACUAAGAAAAGAAUAAAUGUGAAUGAAAAUCCUUUAAACUGGUGGAGUGUACAUCGAGGGGAAUUUAAGUUAUUAUCGCCGAUAGUACGAAGAUUUUUAUCUGCUCCACCGGGCAGUGUUCCUAGCGAACAACUAUUUAGUAGCGCGGGAUUAAUUUACGAACCUCUGCGUAACAGACUUGAAUCAGAAAAGGCGGCAAUACUACUCUUCAUCAAGUAUAAUGCUCCUAUUUUUAAAUUCAAUUACUGA